AUGUAUCGAGCUGAGAGAUUGCCUCUGGUAAAGGAAGCAUAUAAAAAGUACAAGGAGGCAGUUAGAGAAAAACAACAACGAGCUGCUCAAGCUCAAGCCAAGGUAGCUGCAAAAGAAGAGCGCUCGAAAGGAAAACGGAAAGAGAAACAGGCUGCUGAAGAUGAGCAAUCGAAGAAGAAAAAGAGAUCCGAAGAUUCUGAAAAAUUCAAGAGUGCAGGCAUCCAAGCAGGAGAGUCUGAAGAGCACCGUCGUCACAUUCAAGAUUUGAAAGCGAUUCACGCAAUGGAAGAAAGGGAAAAGAGGGAAAAGAAAUGCAAGAGAAAGGAAAUAUCAGUCUCAGAAAGACCAGAGACAGUGACUGAGGAAGUUCAAUCGUUGAAUGAUUUUGUAGAUGCAAUGAUUGUUGACCCUGAUGAAGCUUCAGCAAGCAAGGGCCCCUCCAAAGUGUCUCCUGUGAAGCCAACGAGGGUUUCAAAGCCUCCAGUACCUCCACAAAGGGUUCGACCCUUUCAAGAACUUUACGACAAACUGAUCAAAGAUACCGGGCCCUCAGUUGCCAAAGAAAUUUGUCUGCUGAAGAAUCAAGUAAAUGACACGAACUUUCUGAGGGAAAAGAUCAAGGAUCAGAGGAAGAAAAACAAAGAAAUGAAUGCCUACAUGGCUAAGCAAUCCAAGUUCAUCAGAUUCCAGCAAGUGGGGUUGGAGAAAAUGUAUGGAAUGAUGAGAAACAUGUGUGAGCAAAUGAAAGUGAAACCCAUGUUUUCCUUUGAAGAACUCUUCGACUUUGAGGGGUUCGUGGAAGAAGAAAAUGCUCGAAAGGAAAAGGAGGCUGAAGCCAAGAAAAAGCGUUUGGAAUCGGUCGAAAAAGUAGCUGAGGGAAACGUAAGUGAUGAAGAGGCAGUGGAUUGA